AAGGAAAUGCUGAGAAAGCCGGACGUGUUGACAAAUUAUCGCGGAUAUAUUUGAACCCGUUCGUUCUUUUAUAGCAUAAAAAAAUAUAAAUCCCCAGCAGAGAAAACAAGAAACUCAUUUCAAAUUUCGGUCUUGGCUCUUUUCGAGAAUCAAGUUUCAAUUUCAUUUCGCUGUUCAAAAUGAGCUUCGUCGAAACGGCGCUGAGUUAUUUUCAAGAUUUCACAUCCGUAUUUCUGGAAGAAGGCGAAACUUCGGCGGAAGAGGCGCUUUCCGUGGCGGUCACACUAAGCAUCGUCGCCGUUCCUCUCUGGCUCAUCACAUUGCCCAAAUGGCUCAUCAAGAUCUGGGGAACGUACCUGAUCAUGCUGAAAAAAGGCAAGUUUUCCGACGACUACGAAGAUUACCCGGACUACGAAUGGCCGCCGCAAGCAACCACGACCGCACCAUCAGUCAACGGUUCCAUGAACGCCACAGAGAUGUCGCUCGGGGUCGAUGGGGAUGUCACUACGACGAUGCCGGAACUCGCAACUUACAUUCCACCCGAAGCCGUUUACAACGAGACUGAGUUUAUGGUUCGUGUGGAGCCGCAGGGUGUGCAGUACAUUUUGUGCAUCGGAUCAGUCAUCAGUCCGAGAGACGAGCUUUCCAGGUAA